AGGGGACAGAGGCAGCUUGGCCAUAUUGUGCACCAGAUCCUCUCCUCCUCACAUCGGCUGCGUCACACAUUAAGGCGCUUGUGUUGUGUGCACACAACACCAACAACAAGCAUCGUUUAAAGACGACACCCCACAGGAGAAAACACCUCUUUUGAUUAAAAAAAAAAAAAGACACUCUACUCAGCCGACCAGGUUGGUGCGCACACAAAAUGGUUAAACUGGGGAAUAAUUUCAGUGAGAAAAACAAUGGGAAGGUGGUUUCCGAAGACGGAUUUGACACCAUCCCCCUCAUAACACCUUUAGAUCCGAGUCAGCUCCAUUUCCCAGCACCAGACAAGGUGGUGGUGAAGACAAAGGCGGACUAUGAUGGCGAGAGCAAAAAAGGGAAGAUCCGAUCUCCCAAAAUCGCAGAAUUUUCAAUAAGCAUCAUCGAAGGCGUAUCUGAGCGACUCAAAGUGACCUUGCUGGUUAUCUGUGCCCUGGCCUUCUUGGUGUGUGUGGUGUUCCUGGUGGUCUACAAGGUCUAUCAAUACGAGCAGCCUUGUCCCGACAGCUUUGUUUACACGCAAGGUCGCUGCAUGCCGGCCGGGAUGUACACCAACUUCCCCCAUCAGAUCCCCGCGGGCCGUGGGCGCCUCUUCACCCUCAUCAACCACUACAACAUCGCCAAGCAGACCAUCACUCGGUCAGUAUCACCUUGGAUGACCAUCAUGUCUGAGGAGAAGGUCACCCAGCAGGAGACUGAGACAGCCCAGAAGCUGGCUUAACUGCACGGAGGGGGGAGAAGGGCGUGGCCUCACCUGCUGAGGAAGAAUAAAUAAUAUGGUUGUGCCAUUCAAGCAAACCUGUGGCUUUCUGAGCUCGUCUUGCCCUGAGGCGCAGCGUGACGCCUUCAAAGUCAGCUGACGUCCAUCCACUGUGGCAUGUGGAAAUUGUGAUCAGCAGACUGAGGCUGGGUUUGUUUGAAUAGCAUAUGUUGUUAUUUAUUGAUACACAGCUGAGUGGCAUAUACGUGUAGAAUACGCCACAAACACACACAGUCUUGAUAUUCACUUUGUACAUAAACACACAGUAGUCAACUUAGUGAAAUGACCGUGAACCAUCUAAUAUUUGUGUUUAGAUGCACAUGCACGCACCACAAUAAAAGAGCAGUUUGCUUGGAGUCACUUUCCUUCAAAUAGAACUUGUUUUGAUAGACUAAAAUGUAGUAUGCUGUAGUCAUCAAGCCACAUUUGCAGCAUAAAAGCCACUGAGGUGUGAAACACACUCACGAGAAUGUAGUAGGAGGUUGUACAAUAAGAUGCCAUCAUUUUCAAAGAAUGUAGGAUAAAAGAAAGCCUAAAAACACACCUGCAUUCUAGUAUGAAAGCCUACUAAAUUGUCGUGACAAUCGACACACCUUGGACUGGCUGCACCAGCAAGAAAAUGUAUUUUGUAACAAUUUUUGCUUGUGCUGUUUUGACCCAAACUGCUUUCUGCAUACUAUAUUGCUGUCAAAGUUAUUUUGUUCUGAUGUAUCAAAUGUAUUAUAAAAGAUUAAGUCUCCAUUUUUUUGUGAACACAGUGUGCUUUUGCAGGUUACAUAAGAUGACGGUUACAUUUCUUGGCAUAACUUUUAUGCUGCUGUACUGAAUGUUUUUGCUUUGAUAGGAACGACUCUGUAUUGUGCAACAUCAGCAUUGAUGUUACUUUGUUUGUUGCUUGUCCUGAUGCUUUUUUUUCCCUGUACUUGUCUGUUAAAUGGUCACAAAUGCCUAAUUUUCAUACAAUGUAAUAAAUACCAUUGAAGUGCAUUUGCUACAUUAAAUGUUAAAUGAAGAAUUGAAAUAAAGUGCCCACGUUUCCCACCAA